CUAGUAUUUCCGGUGCCGGUAAUUCUUCGACACAAGGGCAAAAUUAUGGCGAGUUCUGUCGCAAAAAUUGUGAAAACUGUCAGCAAAACUGGCUGUCACUUGCAUAAUUUAGCUGCCCCAGUAACACUGAGUGUGCAGCAAAAGAGACACCAUUCCGACAGAAAACGUAUCAAGGUGGCCAACCCAGUUGUGGAACUUGACGGAGACGAGAUGACAAGAAUCAUCUGGGAGAAGAUCAAGGAAAAGCUGAUCUUCCCCUACCUGGAGCUUGACUGCAAGUAUUACGACCUCGGUCUGCCCUACCGCGACGCCACGGACGACCAGGUCACCAUCGACUCUGCCGAGGCCAUCAAGAAGUACAAUGUGGGCAUCAAGUGUGCCACCAUUACGCCCGAUGAGGAACGUGUCAAAGAUAAAAACCUCUGA